AUGCUCUCGCUUUUGGUGAGCCUCCUGGUGACGAUCCCGCUGUGCUACGCCCCCGCCGCCUUCGUCACCUUCCUCGUCAGGGAGAGGGCCUGCAAGAGCAAGCGGGUGCAGCUCGUUUCGGGGGCGAGCCCUUUGGCGUACUGGGCGUCGACCUAUCUGUGGGACGCGCUUCUGUUCUUCGUGCUGACCGUGUUGGUGAUGCUCACCUUCGCCGCUUACGGCAAAGACGCCUCCAAGGUGUUCAUGAUGCGCUGGGACGCCCUCCUCGGCACAUGGGGGCUCCUGGUAUCGUACGGCCUCUCCUCCCUGCCGCUGUCCUACCUCUACUCGUUCGCGUUCGACGGGCCCUCGGCGGCGCAGAUCUCAAUCGCCGGGGUUAACUUUCUGUCCGGCUUUGGCUUCGUGGUGGCUUACGCGGUGCUGUCGACCCUGAAGAGAACCGUCAAGUUCGCGGCGAAGGCGCAGCAUAUCUUCCGACUCUUCCCGCCGUACCUCCUUGGGGACGGUCUAAUCCGGGUGUCGUCUGAGUUCUACGUGCGAGAAGUGAUGGGUAUGGAUCGUGAGGGGGGUGUCCUCGCGUGGGACGUGGCGGGAAGAGGGAUUUGCUACAUGUGCUUGGAGGCGUUGGCCUACCUGGGCUUGGUGCUCGUGGUGGAGUACAGCCCCGCCGCAGGAGUAAGGGCCUACGCGGACCGCCGGAGGCUGUGGCUAGGGGGGUGGUCGGACCGCGACUUGAUCGAAAUGCUCCGCGCCUCGAGGGGACCUGGCGAGGACAAAGACGUCAAGAAGGAGAGGGAUAAGGUCUGCAGGGCCAUGGCCAGGGCAUCGGGGAGCGAGGUGGUGGGGGGCGAGCAGCAGGAUGAGGAUGAGGAGGAGGUGGACACGGUGCUCAUAAGCGACCUCACGAAGGUGGGAAGCGAUGUUUGCAUCAACGGUGCCGGCAAGUCGACGACGCUGCAGAUCCUGACGAGAGACCUGCAAGCGACGGCCGGGAAGCUCACCGUGAAGGGAAAGCCCAUCACCUCGAGCGCGGUUUGCCGGCUUGUCGGCUACUGCCCCCAGACAGACCCCCUUCUUCCUCUCAUGACCGUGCACGAGACCCUUCUGUUCUACGGCGGUCUGAAGGGGAUCGGGUCCGAGGGGGCUCGCGCGAUGAUGGAUGACGGCGAAGGCGAAAGCGCGCUCUACGAAGCGGCGGCGGCGGCGAUGUCCGCCGUGAGCCUGGGCCCCACGGAGAACCAAACAGCGGGGACACUGAGCGGCGGCAACAAGCGAAAGCUGUCGCUGGCGGUGGCGCUGAUUGGCGGACCGCCCGUGCUGCUGUUGGAUGAGCCGUCGUCUGGGAUGGAUCCCGGGGCAAGAAGGUCAAUGUGGGAGGUGAUUUCUUCUCUGUCGGCGUCUCGCAGCGUCAUACUGACGACCCACAGCAUGGAGGAGUGCGAGGCAGUGUGCGACAGGCUUGGCAUCAUGGUCGGCGGGAGGCUGCGCUGCAUCGGCACUUCUCAGCAUCUCAAGGGGCGGUUCGGGGGUGGCUACUCUAUCGAGGUGGGUGUUGAAUAUAAUAGCAAGCCUUUGAUUUUGCACGCGUGGCAAACUUAACUUUCACCCGCUCCAUCGUAUCGGGUGACAAACAGCGACAGCAACAAUAACAGCCACGGCGGCAGCAACAGCAACAUCCUUCACCUCUUCCACGAUGAACAUUUUUGAAGUCCAGGUGGCAAGCUCAGGUUUAAGGACAGAACGAAACAAGACGCCCGGUGCUUGUGUAUUGCAGACCCACGACUCGUUCUCCCCCAACCCUGACC